UGUGCAGCGUUUUGGUGGGAAGAAAUGCGUUACCUUCCCACCUUCCUUCUGGCGGAAAAUCCAACGAAGAUACAGUAAAUCUUGUUUAAAUGUGUGCACCUUAAAUGUGGAUUGGAAUUUAUAAUUUAUGAAUUGUAACAGGCUUAACUUUCUUGGAUACUUUAUGCAUGAGAACUGCAGUUUUAAGCGAAUGCCCGCAGGUUGAAACAUAGCCGGACAAUGAAGGAAUCUGCAGCUGAGAAAAUUUAUGUUGCCGUUGGAAAGGAUUUGCAUGAGAGCGCCUAUGCUCUCAAAUGGACGCUGAAAAACUUGCAAGCAUUGUCAAUAGUCCUCCUUCAUAUUUAUGUUCCACCUCUCUUUAUACGAUCCGGAACGGGGAAUAUUCCUGUAAAGCAAGUAAGGAGUGAAGUGAAGAGGCCUACGAGAAGAUUGGAAUGAGGGAGAUCGACAGUUGCAUGAACAAAUAUUUGCAGGUUUGUAGCCGAGCCAAGGUGAAAGCAGAUACUUUGAUUGUUUCCAAGCUUGAUGUUUCCAAAGGAAUUGUUGAAGAAGUUUGGAAGAGGGGUAUCACGAAACUUAUCAUCGGCACAACGUCAACACGCGGUGGCCUGUCUAAAAGGCUGAAGAUUCAAGGGCCAGGAAAAGCAGAUUACGUCCGAAAGCACGCGAUCAAUACAUGUGACGUGUUUAUCGUAUGUAAGGAAAUUCUUGUGUCAGAUGGAAAAGGUUGUGCUGUUGAAAAUGUUGAUUUUAGCCGAUCUUUCUCUGUGGAGCCAAAACCCGAACCAUGCUUGAGAAGCUCCAGUGAAGCUUCCCAUAAUUUUCCAGUGGAUGGAGAUUCUACGGCAGCUUCGUCAGAAGAUGCGAAUGAUGUCCUGUCUGAGCCUUAAUUAUCUCCAGAGGCGAGUAGAGAUAUCGAAAUCCUGAAAUUAACGGAGGUGUUGGGGAAGGCAAAAAGAGAAUUGGAAAGGGAAACCAUAAGACGUAUGGAAGCAGAGGCGGCUGCACUGAAAUCUCAUUGCAAGUUUAAAGAAUACGAAGCCGCCUUAGAAGAAGCAGUGAAAGAGAAAGAAAGCGCGAUCUUAGAAUCAAAACUUAAAGAAGACGAGUGGAUAUCUCUGCUCAACCGAUUUUUAAUUGAACGAGACGAUGCUUUCCAGCAACUCGAAGCGACACAGAAGAAGCUCGCAGCGGUGGAGAAACAAAACUACCGCAUUUUGCAAGAAAAGGAGGCUGAAAUUAAGAAGCUUAAAGGCUGUUUGCGUUCUGGGCCUCGAAUCGAAACGUCAUCCACUUCUUAUGCCCUUCAAAUCAGGGAAUAUUCCUUCGACGAAAUUAAAGCGGCAACCUGCAAUUUAUCUGAGAGUUUAAGACUCAAAGUCGGUGGCUAUGGCAACAUUUACAGAGGCGCAGUAGGACAAACAACGGUUACAGUUAAAACCCUCAGGGAGGACACUUUACAGGGCUGGCAGGAGAUCCGACGCGAGGUCAAUAUUUUAAAAGGCAUUCAGCAUCCGAAUUUGGUGACGAUCUUAGGAACCUGUUUCGAGCGAGGUUGUAUAAUGUAUGAGUAUAUGCCCCACGGAUGCCUGGCAGAUCGUCUGAGCGGCAAAACCGGCACUUCACCGCUCUCUUGGCAGGAAAGAACCCGAAUUACCAUGGAAAUUUGCUCUGCUUUACAAUUCUUACACAGUUUAAAGCCGGAUCCAAUCGUCCACCGCGACCUUGAGCCCGAAAAUAUACUCCUCGACGAGAGUGAUGUAAGUAAAAUCACUAACUUUGGUCUCGCUCGUCGUCUACCAGAAGUUGUACAGGGAGAACCAGAGCCAAGACGUACAUAUUUGUAUAUGGAUCCAGAGUACAUUAGCAGCGGCAAAUACACAACCAAAUCCGAUGUAUACAGCCUAGGAAUGAUCAUCGUUCAGCUUCUUACAGGGAAAUCAGCGCUGGGACUGGUAAAUGAGGUAAAAAGUGCGCUUGCUAGUGGAGAAUUGAAACAGAUUUUGGACCCUUCAGCAGGUGAAUGGCCUUUUGCGCACGCUACUCAAGUGGCUGAACUUGGAUUACUUUGCACGGAACAAGUAAGCGAGAAAAGGCCGGACCUUGAGCCAGCUGUGAUGAAAAUGAUGGAUAAGCUUCGAAGUUUUAAAAUCGCUGAAACUGACGCCGCCAGGCCUCGCACUGUUCAGGUUACAGAUGUUCCGAGUUGCUUCUUCUGUCCAAUAACUAAGGAUAUUAUGCAGUAUCCUUGUGUUGCAGCAGACGGGUUUACAUAUGAAAAGGAGGCCAUCAAAGAAUGGUUAUGUCGAGGACACGACACAUCGCCCAUGACAAAUGUAAAGCUUGAGCAUAUGAGUCUGAUAUCUAACCAUUCGUUGAGAUCAGCCAUUCUACAGUGGCAAGAAGGACACAUUUAACUUCAAAAUCUGGUGAAACUUCUUUCAAUUUAGGGUUAUUACUGUUAAUAUACAUUCAGUUUGACUGUAAAUUCUGGUGGGAGAAAUAUCUGUUGUAUAGACGAAAUGUAAAAUUAUUGACACUCCAGUGGAUUUUGUUCCUGACUACGUCUCUUGGUGUCUGUCCUACAUAAUUCUGCAAGGAAAGUUACUCAGUUUUAGGGCUAAAUCUGUCUAGUAAUGUCCUUCUGAUCUCUUCUGCUGUAUGUAUGUUGGGGUUUGUCCCUUGUUGCUAAGAGGUAGACUGUUUUGCUCUUUCUGCUCUGGCUUUAUACUAUAUCCAGAAUUGUAACUACUGUAUGUUUGCUGGGAUUUCUCCUUUGUCUCUAAGACGCGGAUUGUUUUGCCCCCUAAUUUAUUUAUUUUUUAUUAUUAUUUUA